UAUGACCCGAUGUCGAUCAGGAUAGCAUCGCAGACGGCAGUUGACUGAAUAGUGCGUUUAAGGAAGAGAAGAGCCUCUAACUUGGUGUCGCAGGUACCUAUAACUGCGACAGUGGGUAGCAUCGUUGACGUAGAUCAGGGUCUGGGAGAUCUUUGAAAGCUGGCAUAACACGCUUUAGUACGAGCCUGGGUGCCGUCCCGGAUUAUGUCAUACAUGUGGAUGCGAGAUGGAGCUCGUUUUACUCGUGGAAAAAUGCGGGGCACUAUUCUCGUCAGAGGUCCAUAAUGACGGAGAAAGUGACGUCGAAACGACAGCAGGUGCUAAAGCGGUUGAGGGAUAACAUCAACCGAGGGGUGGCGAUUGUGGGCGGAGGUGCAGGGGUUGGGCUAAGUGCAAAGAUACAGGAGGCGGGAGGAAUUGACCUCAUUAUCCUAUACAACUCGGGUCGUUAUCGGAUGGCUGGCAGAGGGUCCUUGGCAGGUCUGAUGCCUUACGGCGACGCGAAUGCCAUCAUGCUAGAAAUGGCCCGUGAGACUCUGACCAUCGUGAAAGAUACGGCAGUCUUAGCAGGGAUAUGCGGAACGGACCCAUUUCGGGAUAUGCCACAGCUGCUGAAGGAAGUCAAAGACCUGGGCUUUACCGGAGUCCAGAACUUCCCUACAGUUGGCCUCAUUGAUGGUGUAUUUCGACAGAACCUGGAGGAAACAGGAAUGAGUUAUGAGAAGGAGGUUGAAAUGAUCCAAAUGGCACACGAACUCGAUUUGCUGACGACACCAUACGUCUUCAACGUGGACGAGGCCGAACGAAUGGCGAGGGCGGGAGCUGAUGUCAUCGUAGCUCAUAUGGGCCUCACGACGAGCGGUACCAUUGGUGCCAAAACUGCGUUGGCCCUCGAUGAUUGCGUGGUCCAGAUCAAGAGGAUUCUGGACGCAGCUGCGAAGAUCAAACCAGAAAUCAUAGUUCUUUGCCACGGCGGUCCCAUUGCCACCCCACCAGACGCAAAAUAUGUCAUUGAAAGGGUUCCGGGCAUUCAUGGCUUCUUUGGUGCUAGUUCGCUCGAGCGGCUGCCAGUCGAGUCCGCCAUGAAGGAAGUUGCUCGGGAAUUUAAAGCAAUCGGUUUACCUUCCCGUCUGUAAAACAUACGAUGACCGUGUUAUAGAUACGCUAGACCGUUGUCGAACUAUCGAGGUGGCUGCUUACAGGGGAUGCCUGCAGUAGCACUGGCACUAAUAGAUAUUGAAUUUCUUGGAGCAGCUGAGAAAUGGUCCAGCACUCAUGACUUGUGAAAUCAACAAGGUAAAACAAGCCUAAGCCACUGGUGACCGGUGACUUGUCAAGUGUACUACUAGUAC